AGCAGACGACCGCAAUCUUUAUCGAUGACGUAGACUCCCAAAACUUUUGGGGAAGAGAAGAAGAAAGUGUAAAGGGUGAAAAAUGGCUGAUAGAAAGCCAAGUGUAUUGGAUCGAGAUUCCCAUCCUUCAUUAAAAGAGAGCAAACAAGACGAACCCCCAAACUCAAGACUUUUUAUCGUAUGUGGUAAAUCAGUGACAGAAGAUGAUUUUCGCGAAGCCUUUCACAAAUACGGAACUAUUGAAGAAAUUUGGAUGGUCAAGGAUCGAACAACAGGGGAGCCCAAAGGUGUGGCUUACAUAAAAUUUUCUAAGACAUCUGAAGCUGCAACAGCAAUGGAAGAAAUGAAUGGCCGCUGCAUAGGAUGCCAUCCCAGGCCACUAAAAGUUUUGAUUGCUCACAGUCGUGAGCAAGGAUCAAGAAGAGAUUCAAAUGAAGAAGAAAGAUUGUUGCGAUUAUUUGUUGUUGUUCCCAAGUCCAUGAAUGAUUCAGAGUUAAGAGAUCACUUUGCUCAGUUUGGUGACAUAGACUAUGUUUCAAUUGUUAAAGACAAAAACACCAAAGAAAGCAAAGGAUUCGCGUAUGUAAAGUAUCAUCGUGUCUCACACACUGCCAAAGCCUUUGAGUGUUGUGAACGAUCAUUCAAACCCGUGUUUGCUGAUCCCAGACCCCCUAAGCCAAUGCACGCAGAUAGCUCACAGUCCAAUAUUGGCAGUGCUUCUUCAACAACGAGCAACUACGAUGUGUUCCCCUACGAAAAUCAUACCGCUGCAAGUACUGAAGGGUUUUCUCGCCUCGCUGUAGUCGCGUCUUCAUCUGUAAAUCAAGAUCAACUAUGGAAAUUGUUUGAUAUUAUUCCCGGUUUGGAUUAUUGUGAAAAGAGAGAAACGAAGAAUCGCCAGCAAGGAAGGUGUCAGUACACUGCCGUGUACAAUAAUGCUCAAGCAGCGUCUUACGCGAAAGAAAAGCUUCACGGCUUUGAAUAUCCACCUGGACAAAGAUUAAUCGUUAAAUUUGAUUACAUCAGUUCAGAACCAACUCGUAGUACUUCAUCAGGUACACUUCCUACAACUACAGUUCAAUCCUCCGUUCAAUACGCAGGGGUAAAUUGCUUGACCCCAGUUGGAUCUGGUGCUAGGUUACCAUUUUUAUCUGGGCUGCAAGGACAAGGAGGGAUGGAAAAUAACGUUCAGCCUGUACCUACAACGAAUCCAUCGCCAGUUGGCGCGCCUUAUCACGGAUUGAUAGCGCCAAAUAAUGCUGCUCGUACAGCAGCACUCCACAAUAAUUUAGCUACGUUAGCCGAAACGAUUGCACAGGCAACGUCGUUGAUCCAAGCUGCCGGAUUAGGGCAAGGUUUCCUCCAAUCUCCAACGAAACAUGCGGUAAACGGCACAGACGAGCGGAAUGAAUUGAUGGGCCAUUUGGAAAUGUUGGGAGCUCUGUCUACUCAAGGGAUCCCACUGUCGCCUAACCAGGCACCAACUAAUAAUAAUUAUCAGGGUGAAACCUAUGACCCUUCUUAUUGUUCUGUCAAACUUCCUACUCCUCAGCCUCUAGCCCCAAUGGAUUCUCCUGUUGGAGAGAGGUUAUUUAUAGUUUGCCAGCCUACGCCGCCUCCGAUCUAUGUACUGAAGGAUAUUUUUGGCCGUUUCGGUCACCUCAUUGACGUCUACAUGUUGGGUGGCAGAUCGUGUGGGUACGCCAAGUAUGCCGAUAAGGACUCCGCCGACAGAGCGUUAAUGACUUUGCACGGGCAAGAAGUCUGUGGUUCCCGAUUAAAAGUGAUGACUGCCGAACCUCCCAACGCGACCAACAACGAUACUCUCCGUAAACGAAUCCGCAUCGAAGAGCAAUAGCAAACUCCCCGACCGACCGUUGUGUUGACGGACCUUGGACGACCCGACUACGACUGCGGCUUAUACUCUAGUUAACAAACAACUGCACUCGUUAGAAUUAAUUUCCGUUAAAAAAAAAACUGAAUCAACGUAGUAUAAAAGAAAAUACUGUACUGUUUUGAUACGAUGGGACGAAUUUCUGCCAACAGCGAAAGCUCUUUAGCGUUGAUCCGACCUGUGUUCCCCUUACGACGAACAAAUUUGCGAGAUCGGGUCGUAGUAUACUGAUAACCUUCCUCGAUCACGUAAUGGGAUAGUUGGGAACGAAUAAUUUCCUUGACUUAGCAUGGGAGAUAAUUUUUGUGUCGUAGUUUAUUUUGUGAGCUCCUCCCGGUUCCCCUUCUCAUCACUUCGUACUUCCCUGAUUGACUCGUUGCGAGUGGGAAAUUUUCAAAGCGGGACGGGGGUAAAAGCAGAAGGGUAAAGAAGAAGUUGAAAGUUGAUCUAAAAUAAUUUCGUAGCCGCAGCUUGUUUGUCAAUAUGUGUGUGUGUGUGUGUGUGUGUAAUUGCGUGUCCGUGUACGCCCAAAGCCUUUUUUUUCACUUCUCCUGCUCUUUCUCGCUAUUCCUCGAAGCCGGUUGUUUUUAAGUAGACGCAGCUACACUCGCGAUUCAAAACAAAAAAAAAUCAGAAAAACUAAUAAGUAUUCGAUGUUACAUGCCGUCCGUUCAUCUCGUGGUUCUCGGAACACAGAAAACGCAUUUCCUUUCAUUGAAAAUGUAAAAUAUUAUUAUUAUUAUUGAAUUUGGCGGUAUCGCUACCGCACUCCGUUGGUCUGAUUCAGAUACUCUCACUAGAAAUUUUUUUUUCCCUCUCCCAAAUAUUUUUUUUCUCUUUUCUUUUGUGUGGGGAAUUUAUUAAGAAACGUUAUUUACGAAUCGUUGAUAUAAUAUCGUUCUCUUUCAUACUUUUUUUUUCCCGGGUGAUGAAUACACUACUUACAAUGUUUACAAGUAA